CCUCAGGCCUGACAGUUUGCAAGAGCUGUGGCUGUGAUUUAGGUCAGCUGAGGCAAACCUCAGUUAGGAGGAGGAAACGUUCUCUUCCCCUUAUCACAAGUCACAAGUUCUGCAUGGUUUGGCCAAGAGGAAGAAGCUUCCUGCAUACUUAUCCUGGGAACAGUACAUUCUAAAAGAAACAAAUGCAUCCUCAGAGGAGUAGAUAAUGUCUACAAAGAACUUUAGGAGGGCACUUAUCAAACAAACAGGAACAAUUUGAAUCUAGCUCUGUGUAUCCGCUGAGGCAUGAUAUUUGGACAAUGUAGGUAAAGUGUUAUUGAAGAAUUGCUUGCUUUGUUAGAAGAAGUAUAUAAAAGGAACUUGCAAAUAAACUUCAGCAUGCAGUUGCAUUUGCUGCCUUGGCUCUGCAUCCCCUGUGUCCUGGUUAUUUCACGAACCUUACCCAGGGACCCGAACGCUCUAGACGUUCACAAUUGGCGCCGGAAUAGGGACCCUGUUGGAUUGUCAGGAAGGAAAAUGGACACCGGCAGUGGCUCCCAGGGCGGUGGAUCCAGACCCGUCACAAUCAGAACAGCACCAAGGGGGGCACCCUAUCCACUACCCCAGCCUACAUACAGAAUCCUGCCGAAAGAGAGAUGGAAUGUAACCAUUCGGAACAACAAAUUGAUGGCCUGGGGUGAUGGCGGAAUUGCUGAUCCACGCUUGGCUUCAGUGCAGUACCUUCAUCAUUUACAAACACAUUUAUGGAAAAUUGCUGCUGCAACUAAACCUGUAAUUUUGUCUAAUGGCUCUUUCUCUGGGACUAGUCAAUCUCCUGCUUCUUAUAAUUUUACUGUAUUUAAAGAGUAUAAUAUAACCACAUGUGUGCCCAUGCCAUACCUGUUCUUAAUUGGAAAUGUUACUUUUGAUGAGGGAAUUUUAUGCUUUAAUUGUAAAUUGUAUACCUGUAUUAAUACAUCUGUUUCUAUUCCUCCUGGUUAUUCCAUUGUGCUGUUACAACAGCGCUCUCACAUUUGGCUUCCUGUAAAUUUACAAAGAACAUGGUCCCAAGAUCCUGUAAACACUUUGGUUCUGGAAUUUUUUAGACAAUUGUUAAAAUGUACUAAACGGUUUAUGAGAGUUGUUGUUGCUGUAAUUCUAAGUCUUAUUGCAGUGACUACAGUUGCUACAGUUUCAGGGAUAGCUUUACAUACUUCUUUACAAACAAAACAGUUUGUUGAGGAAUGGCAUAAAGAUUCGCAUGAGUUAUGGCUAUCCCAGACUCAAAUUGAUUCUAGACUUCAAACUCAAAUAGAUAUUUUAAAACAGACAGUUAAUUGGUUAGGAAAAAAGAUACUCACCUUAGAACAAGAAAUUAGAUUAAAAUGUGACUGGAAUUCAACUUCUUUCUGUAUAACUAAUGUACAAUAUAAUCAAAGCUUACACGAAUGGAGUAUCAUACAAAAUUAUCUCGAUGGUAAUGAUACAGCUCAAUUAAUGAUUGAUUCUUUACAAAAGGAUAUAUUUGAAAUUUUUGGAAAAGGGUUUCAACAUGAUGAUGCUGCACAAAUAGCUGAAUUGUUUUUAAAACAGUUAGAAGGAUUAGAUCCCAAAGGAAUUGCUCAAAGUCUUACCCAUAUGGCUGGAGGAGUGGGAAUAGUGUUAUGCUUAGUUAUUAUCCUGUUUAUAAUUAUAUAUUGCAUGUGCAUAAGACCAUCUCUAAACUCUAUAUUAAUUUUGUGAAAAGCUGUUUUAGAAAAGCAAAAGAAAAAAGAAGGAAUUGUUGGGGUUUAAGUGUGCAGAGUUUAGCUCCCUCAGGCCUGACAGUUUGCAAGAGCUGUGGCUGUGAUUUAGGUCAGCUGAGGCAAACCUCAGUUAGGAGGAGGAAACAUUCUUUUCCCCUUAUCACAAGUCACAAGUUCUGCAUGGUUUGGCCAAGAGGAAGAAGCUUCCUGCAUACUUAUCCUGGGAACAGUACAUUCUAAAAGAAACAAAUGCAUCCUCAGAGGAGUAGAUAAUGUCUACAAAGAACUUUAGGAGGGUACUUAUCAAACAAACAGGAACAAUUUGAAUCUAGCUCUGUGUAUCCGCUGAGGCAUGAUAUUUGGACAAUGUAGGUAAAGUGUUAUUGAAGAAUUGCUUGCUUUGUUAGAAGAAGUAUAUAAAAGGAACUUGCAAAUAAACUUCAGCAUGCAGUUGCAUUUGCUGCCUUGGCUCUGCAUCCCCUGUGUCCUGGUUAUUUCACGAACCUUACCCAGGGACCCGAACGCUCUAGACGUUCACAUAUUAUAAUGAAGUAUGAUUUUUCUAUACCUAAUUUAGCCAGGAAUUUUUUUUUCAAGAAAGAAUGUUGAAUUUAAUCAAACUUUUCCCUGCAUAUAUUGUUGGUAUCAUGUGAUUUUGAUCCUUGAUUUUAGUUAUAUACUGAAUUUUGUUUGUUGAUUUGUAUAUGUUGAACCAUUGUUGCAUCCCUGGAAUAAAACCCAAUUGAUAAUGGCA